UCUGCCAGUCAGCCCUUCCCCAGCGUGUGGCAGCCGCCCCAGACAGAGGAAGAGUAACUCUGGAAACGGUGUUAUCAGCAUCCUCCAUGGACUUCCUCACCUCCUCUCCAGCCCCAUUAGCCCCAAGCUCCUUAGCAUCCUCAAACAGAAAGUGGGGAAGCUGGGAUGGGGUCAGCGCCCUGAAGCCGGCCCCCUCUCUUUUGCCAAGACCUACCUCUGCGCAGCCCUGAGUGGGCAGCUGAAGGCUGCAGCUGGAAUCCCGAGCGAGAGAUGGAGCCCCAGCUGGGGCCUAAGGCUGCCAGCCUCUGGCCAGGCCGGCCUGGCCUGCUGCUGUGGGUCUCAGCCCUGAGCUGUUCUUUCUCCUCGCUGGCUUCUCCCUCUCCUUCUCUGGUGCCCCGAAUCAGAACCAGCUACAAUUCUGGAAGGACUUUCCUCGGUCUUGAUAAAUGCAAUGCCUGCAUCGGGACAUCAAUUUGCAAGAAGUUCUUUAAAGAAGAAAUCAGGUUUGACAGCUGGCUGGCCUCCCACCUCGAACUGCCUCCCGACUACUUGCCUUCUUACCCUGCAAAUUACUCAGAUGAUUCCAAAACCUGGCGCCCUGUGGAGGUCUCCAGGCUGGUGAGCAAACAGCAAAGCGACAUCUCAGACAGGAGAAUCUGCGCCUCUGCGGCAGCCCCGAAGACCUGCAGCAUCGAGCGCAUCCUGCGGAAAACCGGGAGGUUCCAGAAGUGGCUGCAGGCCAAGCGCCUCACACCGGACCUGGUGCAGGGCCUGCCCAGCCCCUUCCUGCGCUGCCCGUCGCAGCGACUCCUGGACCGCGUGGUCCGGCGCUACGCCGAGGUGGCCGACGCUGGCAGCAUCUUCAUGGACCACUUCACUGACCGCGACAAGCUCCGUCUGCUCUACACGCUGGCUGUCAACGCUCAUCCCAUCCUCCUGCAGGUCUUCCCGGGGGCCGAGGGCUGGCCGCUGCCCAAGUACCUGGGCUCCUGCGGCCGGCUCGUGGUCAGCGCCGGCACCAGCCCGCUGCGCGACUUCUACGCGGCGGCCCCGGACCAGGCGGCCGACCUGGCCUACCAGCUGCUCGGGGUCCUGGAGUCCCUGCGGAGCAACGACCUCAACUACUUCUUCUACUUCACCCACGUCCACGCGGCCACGUUUGGCAUCUUUGACAACGGGCAUCUGUUCAUCCGGGACGCCAGCGCGUUGGGCGUCAUCGACAAGCAGGAAGGUAGCCCAGCGGCCGCCGGGGCAGCAGAGACUGAAGACGUCUUUAGCUGCCUGGUCUCCGGCUGCCAGGCCGAGCUGCCCUCCUGCUACACCGUCCCGGAGAAGCAGAGCCUGGUGCUCGUUUGCCGGCAGCUGCUGCCUCAACUUCUCCAGGGGAAGUUCCCCUCCCCGGUGCAGGACGAGAUAGACGCUGCGCUGGCACAGUGUGGGGACGAUGCCCGCCCAGACUCCGAAGUCCUGGGGGCCGCCCGCCGGCUGAAGGACCUCUUGAGGCCCCUGAGAACCUGUGACCCCAGAUUCGCCUAUCGCUACCCAGACUGCAAGUAUAAUGAUAAGUUCUGAGGGGCUGGAGCCUUGCGGGCCUCCGGGGACAGCAUCCUUGGCCCUCCCUGGCCGAGGCGGGUCGCUGCAAGGUUGACAGGAGCAGCUCUGUGCUUAGACAUUCGGAGAACUGCCCCUUCAUCUUCCCCGGGGAACUGAGCGACACCCCGACAAACAGGGGAGCCGUGGCGGCCCCUGCGGCCACAGCGUCACCGAGAAGAGGCUGGACGCUCGAUGGGCCUCCCUGAGCCUCGGGGUCCUCUGUCCUCCACCGGACUCUCGAGUUAGUGAAAGAAGACAGGGCUGUGAAGGGCCAGGACGCGUGCAGGUGGUUACGAAGAGUGUUCCAGAAGUCUGCACAGACAGGACUAAUGGGACAGAGCCGUGGCGGUGGAGGCUGGCGUGGAGGGAAGGGAGUGGGGAGGUGAGGCCUCUGGCCAGGACGCUGUCACACUCAAACCCAAGGGUCUGCCUUCCGGCCCCCUGCGCCCUAGCACUAGCCCUCCUGCCCUGCUCCCCACAGCGCAGGGGUGCAGGAGACCGAAGGCCGAGGAAGUGCAUGGACAGGUCCACACUCUGGGUGCCCGGCGUCCCAUGCGCUCGUGUGAGGCACCCCGUGGUGUGGUUAGAGAAGAGACCAGCGGUGGGCUGGGGGCCAGUGUGUUCGUCCGGGACCUCCGAGAAGCAGGCGUUACGACAGGGUGAGACGGGCAAGGAUCGUAUUAAAGAAGAUGCCUGCAUGCAAUGGGGGAAGGAGGUGCUGCCGGUCUGAGGCCCGGUGAGGGAGAGCAGGUCAGUGGGAGCAUUCUAAGACUGGCGUCUGCGCUACCUACAGGAAGCUUCUACAGGCCUGUCAGGGUGUCCUGGAGGCCAGGCCAGCCACCAGAGGAACCCCGAGCCUUCCAAGGCUGGAUGGCCUGGUGCACUCAGUGGUUGGCAGGGAACGCCCACGGGAAGCACCGCUCCGGCCUCAUGGCACAGAUGGAUUUCAGAGUGGGGUGCAGGGCCUGCAGCCAGCUCUGCUCUCCCGUGCAGGACAUGGCAGCCGCAGCCAGGGCCCCAGGCCAGCCCUGUCCUCCCUGCCGCCUCCACUGCAGGAGUGGAAGGAGUCUGAGAAUUUUCAUUCAAACUUGGCCUUACAGGUCAUUAUGUCGGUAUUUUGUCAAGGUCAGCCAACAGAACGGAUUUUAUUCAACAGUUUGCUAGUUGUUUGGUAUCAAAGGUACCUUGAUUCCUUAUUUAGCCAUAUGAGAUGUGGGCCUCCAUGUGGAUUCUUGCCAUGGCCCAUCAAGUCAUAGUGGGGGGAGAGGGUUGUGGACCUUUGUCCAGCCUCCCUGUCAGCCCUCUCCCCUUAGGGACCUCCCAGGUGGCCUCCUCUCUUCUCCCUCAGAAUCACCACUUUUAGGUCAGAAUGCCUGACUUAACAGGCCUCAUAUUGCAGACGGGGUAACUGAGACCCAGGAGGAAGAACGACUUGCUGAGAGAGCCCACGAUCCUCUUGCCUUGCCCUUUGGCUACUGAUUCGCACCCUGUCCUACCCAGUUUGAGUCCCUUCACUCACAUUUAAAGAGGGGCCCAGAAGAGUCCUAUUCCCUUGUCCACUAGGUUGCUUGUCUUUGGGGUUUGCCUUUUGACUGCUCCAGACACUACCCCUGGGCCAACCAUGAUAGUGAGGAUGGCAGGCCAAGAUUCUGGAAGGGCGGGCUUGGGCUGCCUGAGAGUCUUUGAGACUGUUGCCUUCUGGCUGGGUCUGGAGAGGCGAGGAUUGACCAACCUUUCCCAACACCUUGCUUUCAGCCCAGUGAAACUGAUUUUUGACUUCCGGCCUUCAGAACGAUGGGAGGAAACAUUUUUAGUGGUUUAAGCCACCCAUCUUGUAGUAAUUUGUUAUGGCAGCCCCAAGAAACUGACACACACCCCCAACCCCCAACUCCGUCUUAGUGUCUGCUUCGAGAGAACCCAACCAGCAAUAUUCCCCAACUUCAAGCUAUAGUGAUGGCUUCAAAGGCCAGACCCAACCGUGAGGGAGUGUGUUUUGCCUCUGUACCCAGGGCUGCGGCUCAGAUGAUUCCAUUUCUCCACUUACUAAGUCCCACGCCUCAUUUAAGAUCCUGUCUGAGUCCUACUUUGACCUAGAGCGUUUCCUGACAGGCUGGCCUCAGUGAGCCCUUUCUGAAUCCCAUCUCUGUACCCCUGAAUCAUAGGUUUGUGCUCAUUUAAGGCUAAUCCUAACGGUAUUCCAGAGAGAUCUGUGUCCCAUCCUGCCAUCCAGCCUCGGGCAGCCUCAGGAUGGUGGUGGAGUGGGCCCUUUGGGUUUCUCCACAACAACCUGACUGGGCACAGAGCAAGUGCUCAAAAAGUGUUCUUGCUAUGAUGAGUACAUCCUUUAGCCCUUUUUGCUUGGUGUUUGUCACAUACCAUGUGCUCUAGGCUCAAUGUUUGUGUCUCCCCAGAAUUCUUUCGUAGGGGAUCCUAACCCACUGUGUGAUGCUAUUAGGAGCUGGGGCCUUUGGGAGGUGAUUGGCUUGUGAAGGUGGAGUCCUCAUAUAUGGGAUUAGUGCUCUUCUAAUCCCAGAGAGUCUCCUUGCUCCUUCUGCCACGUGAGGACACAGGGAGCAGAUGGCCAUCUAUGAGCCGGCAAGAGGGCUCUCUCUCAACACCAAAUCUGCCGGCGCCUUGAUCUCAGACUUUCGGGCCCUCAGAACUGUGAGAAAUAAAUGUCUGUUGCGUAUAA